AUGAGAAAGAUAACACAUCGAUUAAACCUCUAUCUUGAUGGAAGGACAAGUGUAGAUAGGACUGAGGAUUAUUAUGGAUUGGUUCGGGAACGUCGGGAAGUCUAUGGAUACUUAGAGAGACGGGGGCAUUUGCCUAUUUCAGCGAGAUUUAGUGAAGAUUGGUCGGCUGAUCUUGAUUUAAAUCAGCACUAUGCCUGUAAGGUAGCAAGUGUAGCUGAUCCAAGUAGAAUGGAGGAUUUUGUGAAUGGUGAAAUCCAGAUAUUCCGUUCGCGAUUGGAGCAGAUGAAUGAGAAGGAGAUUCUUUUGUUCUGGGCUGAGGAGUACAUUACGCGUUUAGUUGAGCCGGUUCGGUUUAACUCGACUGAGCAAGGAGUUGUAAUCGAGGUGGAUGGAGACCAAUCUAAUUGGAUGGGCCAGGAGAAGGUUAGUUUGGCAGUCGGCCAGAAAGUAGCUGGAAUGGUUAAUCGUGGGGAGAGAAUUAGAGUCCGAGCUGGAUUCUGGCACUUCUAUGGGCUGAAGGAACGAAUGGAAAAUGGCCGGAUGGAAAGUGGAGUAGCUGGGGUUAAGAGUAUGCUUAUUCGUGCCUUUGCUGAUAUGUUGAGUUGGACAACCGAAAAGCUCUACCAGUCCAAUCAAGUCGGUAUGGUUUACGAUGUGAAAGAAAGAGUGCAACCUUUAGAAGCAAUUAAGCUGGAAGAGAAGUUCAUUCCAGGGUGUAUUAAACGCAUUCUUGACCGACUACGCCAGGAUCAACAUCUUAAGUACCAGGACCGGACCAACUUAGUUAAUUUCCUUAAGAACAUUGGUGUGCCUUUAGAAGAUGCCGUGAGUUUAUUGCGUAGUCAUUUCAACUGUACACCGGACAGAUUUGACAAAGAGUAUCGAUAUGCUAUACGGCAUACUUAUGGUCAGGUAGGUAGUCGUAAGGAUUACAAAAGCAUUCCUUGUGCAGUUAUUAUGAAAGAAACGGGCAUGCCUGGUUGUUCUGGGUGUCCGUAUGCCAGAGAUCUCGAUGGCAAGCAGAAGUGCAAUUUAGCCUUAACUCAACUACUUGGCUUCCCAGUGCCCGUUCAUCUUUCCCCGGCCGAGUACUAUACCAUGGCCCGUAAGGCCAGCAAGUAA